AUGGAAACAGGUCAUCAGAUGCUACUACGUACUACAGUUACCAAGCGGCUUCAGACGAAGACUCAGAUGUCGACUCAGCCACAAGGUUUAACCAGUCAGGAUGUGGUAGUGACUUCGAAUGAAAGUGUUGUGAAAUUACACACGUUUGAACGUCUACAUGCUGAGGGUUUUGCUUAUUUAGCUGAUAAUUCGUACAUUCGAUCAGGUUAUCGCUUACAUUAUUCAGUCCGUGACUGUUUCUUAUCUCUCUUUGAGCUGCAUAAUGAGACAUUAAACGUGUGGACGCAUAUGGUCGGUUCUUUCAUCUUUCUCAUGCUCAUGUUUUAUCUUGCACUAUCUGGUGACGCCCUGUCGCCUGUGGUGGACAUGACGGACCUCAUGACACCGCAAUCCUGGUGCCAGAGUGAUCAGCAAUGGAUGAAGGAAGGCCGGCAUACACCACGGAUGUUACUAGCUGCGAGUGUGCCAGAGCUCUGUCCUCCGCCCAUGGGCUGCGUCGCUCCUGCCAAAUACUAUGAAGUAGCAAGUGUUAUCUUUAACCACAGCUUGCAGCGAUUGCCUAGUCUAGACCGAUUCCAUGCGCUUGUGGAGCAAAAUGUUGGUGGUUUUUCGGAAUCCGUUGGAGCGCAGGUGGAGCAGCUACGUAGCGAAUUGAGCGCGUUGUCGUCGCGGCUUGGAGGACAUGUGCGAGAUGCUCAUUCGGAGCAAGUGCGGUCACUCAAGGAACAGCUAGACCAGCGCGUGGAGUCGCUCUCUAUGUUCCUGCAGGACGUUGCCAGCCAAGUAGGGGCGGAUUUGCCCAUGAAGUACGUACUGGAGGAGUUACACGGCGUGGCUGGCAGUAUACGCAACGGUCUGCAUAUAUUAUCGACCGCGGAGGGUCCCCACGAUGUCCCGCGCUGGCCGAUUUUCGUUUUCAUGGCCAGUGCAGUGAUUUGCCUCACGUGCAGCGCCGUCUUCCACCUGAUGUUUGUGGUGAGUCGCUCGGCGUUCACGUUCCUGUCGCGAUUGGAUUACGCUGGGAUCACGAUUCUCAUUGCAGGAUCCUUCUAUCCCAUGAUUUACUACUCAUUCUACUGUCACGAGUGGCUGCGCAGCGCCUAUCUCGUCUCCAUCUCUGCUAUGGCAGCGCUUACCUUCAUUGUUGCGCUCAUGCCAGUCUUUAGCACUCCCAGGUUCCUCGUGGCACGUACGUGCAUCUUCUUGUCAUUGGGCUUUUUCGGCUUCGUCCCCGUGACGCAUCUGGUGGGGCACUUUGGGUUCUUCGACCCUCACGUGACGGUAAUGAUUGGCCCGCUGCUGCUGAUGGGGUUGCUGUACACGAGCGGCGCCAUCAUCUACGCUACCAAGUUUCCAGAGCGCUUUUACCCUGGCCGCUUCGACUUGUGGUUCUCGAGCCACCAGCUCUGGCAUAUUUGCGUCGUGGCUGCCGCACUCGUGCACUUUGCCAAUGCUUUACAGCAGUAUGAGUGGCGUUGGAAUACGCAGUGCGAAACAUAG